GAACGGAUUUGGACAUCGCAAAGGUAAGCUUGUGUUCAUGAUUCUCUGUGUAUGGGGACUCGCGCUGAUCGUGAUCUUGUUUAGACUACCUGGGAUGCUGCUCAGAGACAAGGGUCCAAGGGCAUUUUCGUCUGGGAGAGCACGGAUCUCGUCAACUGGACCAACGAGAGACUCGUUGUUGUCGAGAACUCCAGUGCCGGCAUGGUGUGGGCUCCCGAGGCCAUCUGGGAUGCCUCCAAGGGCCAAUACCUCGUCCACUGGGCCUCCAAGUUUUACCCCACUUCGGACCCGAACCACACCGGCAGCCCCGGCGCCAUCGUAAUCCGCUACGCCUACACUUCGGACUUUAAGACCUUCUCCACCCCGCAAACCUAUAUUGACAAGUCCCCCACCAACAUCAUCGACCUCAACAUCCUCCCCACCGGCACGGACGGCAAGUCGUUUGUGCGCUUCCUCAAGGACGAGUCCCUCAAGACCGUCUUUGUCGAGGUCUCCACCACGGGACUGUUCGGCUCCUGGACCCGUCCCGGCGGUAGCUCCGCCGUUAUUGCCAGCGGUGUCGAGGGUCCUGCUUCGUACUGGGAUAACCAGGUUGCUGGCAAGGCGCAUGUUCUGCUUGAUUUCUAUGGUGAUGAUGGGUAUAGGCCGUAUGAGACCACUAAUGUGGCGAGUAACUCGGGCUGGACUGCUAGUUCGAGAACUGGGUUCCCUAGUGGGUUGAGGCAUGGUGGUGUGCUGCCUGUUAACCAGACGAUUUAUGAUGCUUUGGGAAAGCGCUGGGGUUAAGCGAAAGGAGGAUGUAGAGAGGUUGUAAGUUGUGUAUAUAAUCCGCAGCUGAGCGAGCUGUAUGAAUGAACAUAAUCACCAAG